UUGAAUUUAACCAGUACUAGCGUCGAGCGAUCGAGGAGCAGUCAGAAUGCAAAGGAUUGCGAUCUCAACCAUCCGAAAAAUGUCUUCCAACACAGAACCGCUUAACAACUUUGCAAAUUUUGGAAAGAAGAUAGUUUGUAUCGGCAGGAAUUAUGCUGAGCAUGCAGCGGAGUUGGGGAAUAAGGUUCCUACCAAGCCUAUGAUUUUCUUAAAACCAACAUCAGCUUAUCUCCAAGAAGGACAAGGCAACAUAAAGCUACCUCCAAACUGCACAGAGAUACACCAUGAAGUAGAGCUAGGUAUUGUCAUUGGAAAAUCAGGCAGCAAUAUCCUAGAAUCCUCUGCCAUGGAGCAUGUUGGUGGGUACACCCUCGCCCUGGAUAUGACCGAAAGGAAACUACAAAGUGACCUCAAGUCCAAAGGCCAUCCUUGGAGCCUGGCGAAGGGUUUUGACACAUCUUGUCCGGUAGGCGGUUUCCUGGACGCAUCAAGGAUCGACAACGUUGAUGAUGUAAGGCUAUGGUUAAAGGUCAAUGGAGAAACAAAGCAGGAUGGGAAUACUAAAGACAUGAUAUUCCGUGUGCCAACCUUGCUGAGUUUCAUCAGUCAGUACAUGACGCUGGAGGUCGGUGACCUCGUACUGACUGGGACUCCCUCUGGAGUUGGACCAGUUAGAAGCAAGGAUGUUAUUGUUGCAGGACUCAAUGAUGAUUUGUUACAGAUUGAAUUCAGUGUAGAGUGAUUGAUUUUCAAAGCUCUUAUAAUAAGUAGACUGUUACUGAUUUACAUAUUAUUGAUCACAUUUUUGAAAUGUUACCUCUGAUUAUCAUCUCUAGAAUUUUCAUACCCAUUGGCUUGUCCAGGACCAUUAUGUGAUUUGACAUUCAAAGUCAAAAAGAGCUAUUCAGAAGAAUUAUUCAUUUUGGUAGCUUUCUCAGGUUUCAAAUGUUUUAUGCUGCAUUCAAAAAUGCAGGUAUCGAAUGCAAGAUUUUAUCUUUGGUCCAAAUACACAUCUGCCAAGUUGUCCUAUCUAAAUCUCUUAUCUAAAUCUCUUAGAUAGUUUGCUGAAAUUUAUGUUAUCUCUGAUUUUAUCUUUGUGACGUUUUUUUCUCAUUUAAGAAUAUCCAUUAACUUGUCAAAUUAAAAUAAAUUGAUUAGAGAGUAUUUAGGGUUUAAUAGGGGCCAUAUUUCUCUGUCUGUGACAAGUCUGGACAACAAAGAAAUUUCAAUCAAUACAAGAAGCAUGUCUUUAUCUUUACAUUUCAUAUAUCGUUUUAUUGCUAUAUAUUAUAUACAUACACAAAUACAAUGUUUUACAUAUCAUUUCACAUUAAUGAAUAAUCUAUCAAAUGGAUAUGACAAGUGCACUUUCUCUUCUCUAUACCAUGUAUAUCUCUGUCAUUUUUUAUGAUUAAUGAUACAUAAAUGAUGUAUGCAGCUGAGUUCAUUAUACGAUCCAUCCGCACUCGAGAUGAGACUGUAUGCAUCUCUUGUACAAAGCGGACAAGGCCGUGUUUGAUAGGUGCAUAAACAAACUCAACAAGAGUGAAUAGAUCCUGUAAUGAUUGCAUAAAAACAUGCAUCAUUUGUAUUAUUAUACAAA